AUGUUUUUCGCAGGCCUUCCUUUGCUGCUGCUUCUGGCCUGGUUUCCCACACACCUCCGGGGCUGCCUGCAGUGUGACCAAAAGUUCAAGGCGAACCUGGCCAAGCUCCGGACCGAGGUUGUGCCGCGCCAGAUCCGCGACACUCGCCUCAAGGCACGGGCUGAAGUGCUCCUCCGGGGUAUGGAGGGGAAUUUUUUCCUCCACUACGCCACGAGCCAGUUCUCUGGCUUUGCAGUUAAAAGCAAAGUGGAUGCCCUGAUUCACGAGGUGAGGCUCAGCACGGAGCGUCUGUUCCAAACCCGUCUUGCAGACCAGGCUCUGCUGGAAGAACUGGUUGCAUUCCGGAGGAAAACGACCAUGAAGCUCAAGCAGGCAUUAAAGGAGCACCAAAAGAAUGCUUGCGACAAAGAAGGCUGUGUCUGGCUCAGAUAUAAAGUGCUUAAUUGCAAAGGAUGCCAUGAGAGCACUGCUGAUUGCUUGUCGUUAAGUCAGUGCUUUGUGGAUGCCCAGGAGCGCCUGUCGCUUCGCUUUGGAAAGCCUCUGAAGGAUCCUGAUAUCACCCGAACUGGACUCUCCAUUGUCCUGUGUAUGGGCGGACUUCUAUUCCUGGUGAUCGUAGGCGUGAUUCUCAUGUACUGGAGAAACCGGCUAUUGGUAUACGUUUAGCCAAGAUCUGCUUUCUUCUCACCCCGAAAGGACAUUUGCUGGAAAAG